ACAGAUAAACAAACAAUGACAACAACUCUACCAAGUGAAGAACUUAGAAGAUUGGUUGCACCACAUAUCGACUCGUUCGAUUUCUUUACGGAGCAAUCAUUGGACUUGAUCGUCAAGAACUUGCCACCAGUCUACUUUAUAAAGGACGCAGAACACACAUGGAUGCUCAAGUUCAAGAAUGUUAGAGUGAACCAGCCCACCAAGCAGGAGGGCCUGCCACUGUACCCCUUCGAGACGCGUCAGGCAGGCACUACAUACAACGCCGCAUUGGUCGGCACCGUGCAGCUCUACAAGGACCCCCUGUCGAACGAGGCCCACGAGUUCCCCGUCGAGCUGGGUCACAUCCCAAUCAUCGUCAACUCACUGCGUUGCCAUCUGCGCGGCCUCAACCCCGAGCAGCUGGUCGAGCGCCACGAGGAGGCUCUCGAGGUCGGCGGCUACUUCAUCGUCAAUGGCAAUGAAAAGGUGAUGCGUAUGCUCGUCGCCACCAAGGGCAACCACCCGAUCGCCCUCACGCGUAUGGGCUGGACCAGCCGUGGCCCCGGCUACACCAAGUACGGUGUGACCAUCCGUUGCGUGCGCUCCGACCGCUCGUCGAUGACCAACAACCUGCACUACAUCUCAGACGGCCAGAUCACCUUCCGUUUCUACUUUGGCCGCCAGGAGUACUUCAUCCCAGUGACGCUGCUGCUCAAGGCGCUGAUCGAGACCACCGACAAGGAGAUCUUCUCGCUGAUCGUCCAGGGCAACACCGAGAACACCUUCCUCACCGAUCGUGUCGAGCUUACACUGCGCGAGCAGAAGAUCGCCGGACUCAACCAUCAGAAUGAGAUAUUGGACUACAUUGGCGCACGUUAUCGCGUCAAGAGCAGACUGCCCAACUUCUUCACCAACAUCGAUAUCGCCAAGUACUUCAUCGAGAACUACUUCCUCGUCCAUCUUCCAAACUAUCGUGACAAGUUUAACAUGUUGAUUCUGAUGAUCCAGAAGUUGUACUCUGUCGUUCAGGGUAAUCAUGGUACAGACAGCAUUGAUGCCACUUCAUUCCAUGAGGUGUUGCUGCCAGGUCAUCUGUUCGCCACUAUUAUGAGGGAGCGUCUGACAGAGUACUUGGAGAUUGCUGGUUCACUCUUCAAGAAGCUACAGCUAGGCAAGAAUGUCUCGGAGGAGAACUCUUUCAAGAAGGCCCUAGACCGAUCGAUAAACAUUGGAGACAAGUUUAACUACUUCCUGGCCACCGGUAACCUGGUGUCAAGCACAGGACUUGAUCUGCAGCAGAGAACUGGAUUUGCUAUCAUUGCUGAUAAGCUUAACUACAUUCGUUAUAUCUCUCAUUUCAGAUCUAUUCACAGAGGAGCUUUCUUCGCCACGAUGAAGACAACUAGCAUUCGUAAGCUGAUGCCAGAGUCAUUUGGAUUCCUGUGUCCAGUUCACACUCCUGAUGGAGCACCAUGUGGUCUAUUGAACCAUUUGUCAGCCAACUGUGUCAUCACAAAGGACCCAUUGCAAGAUGAUCAGACUGCUGCAGCUAACAAGCUGUUGGCACCAUUCUUGGUAACACAUGGAGUCACAAGUGUAGAGACUUCAUCAACAUUCAUGGCCAACUCUAUACCUGUGGUGUUCAAUGGUAGAGUGCUGGGUCGCAUUGAGAGUGGAUUGGCACCAGAGUUGGUCACUCUGUUGAGAUAUCUCAAGUCUACGGGCGACGAGCCCGCCAUCCCAUUGUCCAUGGAGGUGGCAUACGUGCCAGUCGACACGGCCAAGGGUGGCCAGUACCCAGGCAUCUACCUUUUCUCGACCGGUGCCAGAUUCAUGCGUACAGUCAUCAACCUCAAGACUGGCAAGCGCGAGCUUAUCGGACCACAGGAGCAGCUGUACAUGGACAUCUCAAUUCUGCCCGAGGACGUGCGCGAGCACACCACUCAUUGCGAGAUCUCCCCAACGGCAAUGCUCUCAGUCGAGGCCAACCUCACACCAUUCUCUGACUACAACCAAUCACCCAGAAACAUGUAUCAAUGUCAGAUGGCCAAGCAGACAAUGGGUACACCACUGCACUCCUACAAGUACCGCGCUGAUAACAAGCUCUACAAGAUCCAGAACAUCCAGCAGCCAAUCGUGCGCACAGAGAACCAGACCAAGUACCGCAUCAACGACUACCCUCACGGAUGUAACGCAGUUAUCGCCGUCAUUUCCAACACUGGCUACGACAUGGAGGACGCUAUGAUUAUCAACAAGUCGGCAUACGAGCGUGGAUUUGGUCAUGGAUCAGUGUACAAGAAUGAGUACGUCGACAUUGACGAGGGCAAGCCCCGUCUGGAGAUGGGUAAGAGCAGCGUGUCCCGUCCCAACGCCCUCUCGGACGGCCUGGACGAGUACAUCGACACGGACGGCUUCCCCUAUGUCGGCCGUCUGGUCAAGUUUGGUGAGCCCCUCUACACUACACUGUCGACCAUCGACAACAAGCAAUUCCUCGUCAAGUACAAGGGCAAGGAGGAUGCCUACAUUGAGGAGAUCACAAUCAUUGGCACGACGCCACACACACAGACCAAGCCCAUGACGAUGAUUAGCAAGUUCGUCAUUCGCUACCGUUACAACCGUAACCCAGUCAUUGGAGACAAGUUCGCAUCGCGUCACGGUCAGAAGGGAGUACUGAGUCAGCUGUGGCCAGAGGUCAACAUGCCAUUCACCGAGUCGGGUAUGAAGCCCGACGUCAUUAUCAACCCCAACGCCUUCCCCUCACGUAUGACCAUUGGUAUGUUGGUUGAGAUCAUGGCAGCCAAGGCCGGUGCCAUCCACGGCAAAUUCCAGGACGCCACGGCGUUCCGCUUCAACGACAAGAGCACAGCCGUCGAGUACUUUGGCGAGCAGCUCAAGAAGGCUGGCUACAACUACUACGGCAACGAGCCAAUGUACAGUGGCACGACAGGCGAGGAGUUCCACGCCAACAUCUUCUUUGGCGUGUGCUACUACCAACGUCUGCGUCACAUGGUCAAGGACAAGUACCAGGUGCGUGCCACGGGUCGCGUCAACAACAUCACGCACCAGCCCAUCAAGGGUCGUAAGGUGGGAGGAGGUAUUCGUUUCGGAGAGAUGGAGCGUGACUCGAUGCUGGCGCACGGCACGUCGUUCUGUCUCAACGAUCGUUUGAUGAAGUCGUCCGACUACUGCAAACUGAUGGUGUGCAAGCAGUGUGGCAGCACCACAUCGAUCGCUUCACAAAAGUCCAAAUAUGACAACAGUGUCGCCAGGAGCUGCACAACCUGCAAGACUGACAGUCAUCUCGUCAACAUUGCCGUUCCAUACGUAUUCACCUAUCUCAUUGCUGAGCUGGCCUCUGUCAACAUUGCACUGAAAUUGCAAAUCAAGUAA